ACACCUGCAAAAAAAUCACGUUAGCAGAGCUUUCUGUUAGCUUUCCUGCUUUCUGCAGACAAAGCGGAUCUAGUCGAUACAUUACUGGAAGAGCCCCAUCCAGUGCCAGAGGAGGUGUUAGUGUGACUCAUGCGUGCGUAGUAACAGAUAAAUAGGCGAUUCACGCUUUAAAAACAGCAAAUCAAACGUACUUCAACAAAAAAAAAGGUCAUGGAGGAUGGAAUCUUUGCAGUCUAUUGAUAUGCAAACGUCGUUUUCCUUGGAGUGUUAUAAACACCCGUAACUCUGCAUGUCUACAAGGUAGCAAUUUGGUUGUUUUUGAGGUAGUUUCUUGGACUCCGCUACCUGUGUACCUACUCGCCUAAACGUAAACCGUUACUUUCCAUUUUGGUAAAAUAAGAGGAGUUUCAGAGAAAGUGACAACAGCGAUAGGAGUGAGGACAUUUGUAUCUCAGAACUGAUGGCAGCGUCUGAUCCUUCAUCCUCUGGCGUCGGUCCGGAUCCCAACUCGACUAAUUUACGACCCCAAUCCACAACAUAUGACGCAUGGUGUGGUGUUGCUCAUGGAUGUACAAGAAAACUUGGAAUGAAGAUAUGUGGGUUCUUGCAAAAGAACAACAAUCUCGAGGAUAAGAGCCGCAUCGUCAGCUCCCUGAAGGAACGUCAGUCUUCUAAUCUACUGGAUGGUGAAAACAGCGAGAGGGAAGGCAGGUUCCGGCGCAACGAGACCGACUUCUCCAAUUUAUUUGCAAGAGAUUUAUUACCAGCCAAAAAUGGAGAGGAGCAGACUAUGCAGUUCCUGCUGGAGGUGGUUGACAUUCUCUUGAAUUAUGUCAAGAAAACCUUCGACAGGUCCACCAAAGUGCUGGAUUUCCAUCAUCCCCAUCAGCUCUUGGAAGGGAUGGAAGGCUUUAAUCUGGAACUCUCUGACCAGCCGGAGUCUCUGGAACAGAUCCUGGUAGACUGCAGAGACAGUCUGAAAUAUGGAGUGAGGACAGGCCAUCCUAGGUUUUUCAACCAGCUUUCCAGUGGAUUGGACAUUAUUGGUUUGGCUGGAGAAUGGCUCACCUCAACAGCCAACACUAAUAUGUUUACCUAUGAGAUUGCUCCAGUAUUUGUCCUUAUGGAGCAGCUCACCCUGAAGAAAAUGAGGGAGAUGGUUGGUUGGCCAGGUGGAGAUGGGGAUGGUAUAUUUUCACCUGGUGGAGCCAUAUCCAACAUGUAUGGUGUCAUGGCUGCUCGGUACAAGUAUUUCCCUGAAGUCAAAACCAAAGGCAUGGCUGCUGCCCCCAAACUGCUCCUCUUCACAUCAGAACACAGCCACUAUUCCAUAAAGAAAGCUGGUGCUGCCCUUGGGUUCGGAACAGAAAAUGUUAUUUUACUGAAAAGCGAUGAAAGGGGGAGAGUUAUACCAGCUGAUUUGGAAGCCAAGAUUCUUGACGCUAAGCAAAAGGGACAUGUUCCAAUGUUUGUGAAUGCCACAGCUGGCACCACAGUAUACGGUGCUUUUGACCCCAUCCAGGAGAUUGCAGAUAUCUGUGAAAAGUACAACCUGUGGCUCCACGUAGAUGCUGCAUGGGGAGGUGGAUUGCUAAUGUCCAGGAAGCAUCGCCAUAAGCUGAAUGGCAUUGAAAGGGCCAACUCUGUGACCUGGAAUCCACACAAAAUGAUGGGAGUUUUGUUACAGUGUUCAGCCAUUCUUGUCAGAGAAAAGGGUAUUCUCCAAGGCUGCAAUCAGAUGUGUGCCGGGUACCUCUUCCAGCAGGACAAGCAGUAUGACAUAUCCUAUGACACCGGAGAUAAGGCAAUACAGUGUGGCCGUCACGUGGACAUCUUUAAAUUCUGGCUCAUGUGGAAAGCAAAGGGCACAAUAGGAUUUGAGCAACAGAUUAACAAGUGCUUGGAGCUCUCCGAGUACCUCUACACUAAAAUAAAGAACAGGGAUGGGUACCAAAUGGUCUUCAAUGGAGAGCCUCAGCACACAAACGUUUGUUUCUGGUACAUUCCACUAAGCCUCAGGGGUAUGCCUGAUUGUGAAGAGAGAAGGCAAAGGUUGCAUAAGGUUGCUCCGAAAAUCAAGGCAUGUAUGAUGGAGACAGGUACAACUAUGGUAGGAUACCAGCCUCAAGGAAAUAAAGUCAAUUUCUUCAGAAUGAUCGUCUCAAAUCCAGCCGCCACAAAGUCAGACAUUGACUUCCUCAUUGACGAAAUCGAGAGACUGGGGCACGAUUUGUAAAAAAACCAGAGCCCUCACUCGCGAGCAGUCAGAGUCUCGGUCGAAGGCACAUUUCUAACCAGUUUUGACAUGACCAGUUCUAAAUAGACCUACAGUGAGGUUUCAGGUUCCUGUUGCAUCUCGAGCUGUUAAAACCUGUCUGUAGGUCUUUUUAGGGAAAUGGCAAGCUGUAACUCUAAUAUCCAAAAGUGUUAUGUCAAUAUGUAUUCAAGUUUGUUCUGUCUUUUAGCAGUGACUAUACCGUAUUAGAAUUAACGACUGUAUUUAAGAAUUAUUUUAAGGUUUAAAAGUAUCCAUCCUGUAUUUGACUAUAUGAAUAAUCCUCAGCAUGCGUGCCACAUUGAGAGAGUGCUAGGGUCUCUGAACUGUUGAGUGCUGUGGACAGUGCGUGCUGUGAAUCAUCCCUAGAGGUGAGGUAUAGAGCAAACAUUAGACCUAUUUCAAUCAACAUAAUUUAUCUUUCGCUGUAUUAUACUUAAUAUUGGUGCUCCUGCUAUAAAUGUAAUUACAGAGCCUGAAGCACUACCUUAUAUCUUCGCUGUACUGCCCUUUUGGUGUGAGUAAAGGGGAUCACUGUAACACAGUCAUUGUCAGAGGUAUAAUAUUGCUGUGUUUUUAGAGAUAAUGAUUUUGUGUAGAUUGUGUAUAUUAUUGGUAAUUGCCUUUGUGACAAAAUAAUAUAUGUAAUAGUUUUACAGUAAGAGAUGUUUAAGAAAAAAAAAUAUAUAGGUAUAUAAUGAAAUAUUACCUUAUUUAUAUUCAGAAAUGACUAGUGUUAAAGAAUUGUCAAGUAUUUUCUUCCAUUUGUAACUUAUCCUUAUUUAUAUAACACUAUAUGGUCAAAGUGAGUUUUAAAUGAUGUUGAAUUAAUGUUUUAGCCAAAGAAACAGUGACAUUUGCUCAUAUAUUUAUUCUGUUGCCCUUAAAAUGUCACAUCUGUGGAUAUUACAGCUUAUAUUCUAUUAAAUUAUCACAAUGUCUGUAAAAAUCAAAUAUAAUUAUAUAACACCCUAGCCCUUAGUCAGAUAUGUAUCUUCUAUAACUGGGAUAUCUCACUGAGUAUCAAUCGCAUUGUAUUAAUGUUUCUUUAUCAAACUGUGUAGGUGUCACUUGGACAAGAUCCCAGAUAUUUACCUUUAACUAUUAGCAACUAUUCGCAAGACUACUUUAUAUGGAAAGAAACUCAAUCUGACAGAUGGAGUCUGCCCUGGAAACUAUACAAAUACAUUGAUUUUUUUUUUUUCUUUAAUAAGAUUUACUAUUUAAAACAUGUGGAGGAUGGGAUCUGCAGGAGCUAAACCUUAAAAGCAUACUUUGCAAAAACACUGUAGUCUUUACAACUAUAAUAAAACAAACAUAUUUAAAACACUUUAUUUUCUUUUAGUUGUUCAUGUUAAAACUGCAUUAAACGUAAUUAAGUAUG